UCUUUUUCCAACUGUCAUAACUUCCAAUAAACAAAGAAAACCUUGUGUGUGUGUGUGUGUGUGUGUGUGUGAAGCAGAUAAGGCCUCUUCCACUCUGCUCUUCCAUUUCUCUCCAAAUCCAUUCAAUUCAAAUGCCAAUAAACUCAACUUUCACCUUCAAUUCCAAUUUCAACUUCAACUUCAAAUUCAUUCAUCGCUCUUCCCCUUCCUCUCUUUCUCUAAACAAUUUCUCCAUUUCCUCUUCCCCUUCCCGAUUCCUUCUUCGCUUCUGCACUACCAGACUAUCUUCCGCCCUUUCUCAUGCUCCACCGUUGCCGCCGCCAGUGAAGGUUCUUAGGGAGAAGAUGGAUCUUAUUGGAAUCGUUUGUGAUGAACAUUGUAUCCCUGGAAAGUACUAUUGCCUCUUCUGUCCCAAGUGCAAGGGUGGUCGUUUAAUGGAGAGGAGCUUAUCUCUUCAUGUGAUUCCAACUGGAGAUUUUGCAAUGUGGAGGUGUUUCCGGUUUGAGUGUGGUUGGGCAGGCCGGAUAUUUGCAGAUGGCAGAUUGGCAUUUAAUGGAUUCAGCAAAACUGAAAAAAUGGUUGGACGGAGUUCAAAGGAAAGUUUGGUUUUGGAGCCUCUUUGUGAUGAGCUAAUCUCUUAUUUCAGCAUGAGAAUGAUAUCCCAAGAAACCUUAGAACGGAAUGUUGUUAUGCAAGUAGUUGGUCGUCAGCAGGUUGCUAUUGCAUUUACUUAUCGUCAAAAUGGACAGCUUGUCGGUUGCAAGUAUCGAACCAUGGACAAGAGAUUUUGGCAGGAGAAGGGUACAGCAAAGUUCCUGUAUGGGAUUGAUGACAUUAAUGAUGCAGAUGAACUCAUCAUUGUUGAAGGUGAAAUGGAUAAACUUUCAGUUGAAGAAGCUGGUUUCCUGAAUUGUAUCAGUGUUCCUGGUGGUGCCCCAAGCAAGGUUUCAACUGAUACAAUUCCACCAAUUGAAAAGGAUUCUGCAUACCAAUAUUUAUGGGGCUGCAAAGACUACUUAGAUAAGGUUUCCCGCAUUAUCUUGGCCACUGAUAGCGAUGUACCAGGGCAAGCUUUGGCAGAAGAGCUAGCACGUCGUCUUGGAAAACACAGAUGUUGGCGAGUAGAUUGGCCAUAUAAAGAUGGCUUCAACCGUUUUAAGGAUGCCAAUGAGGUUCUUGUCCACUUGGGACCAGAUGCUUUGAAGAACGCAAUUCAAGAUGCCAAGUUUUAUCAACUUUCAAUUUCAAUUUCAAUACAAAAAGAAGAGGGCCUGUUCCAAGAGCAUUGACAAUUCUGGUAAACAAGAUCGAGUAGAGUAAUCCAUAAUACUUAGGUUUAGUAGUUGCAGUAGCUAGAGAGAUCAUGUAUGUUCUUUGAUACAUAAGAAGCCUUGGAUUAUAUAUUAAGAAAAAAGGGAAGAGAAAAAACAUACUUUUAAAGUUUGAUUUGAUUGAAA